AUGGCCCGCCGCAGAGUAAAGAAGAGAACCCACAUGGGCUUCAACAACCCCGAGUCCAAUAUCCAGGGCCAUGCGACCGCCAAAGACCCCAAGAGCAUGGUCAUUCGCAUUGGUGCUGGCGAGGUCGGUACCAGCGUCAGCCAGCUCGCUACCGAUGUGCGCAAAGUCAUGGAGCCUGGAACGGCGAGCCGACUGAAGGAGCGCAGGGCCAACAAGCUCAAGGACUACCUCGCCAUGUGCGGUCCGCUGGGCGUGACGCAUCUAAUGCUCUUUUCCCGAUCCGAGAGCGGCAACACAAAUCUGCGCGUGGCACUGACACCGCGCGGCCCGACAAUGAACUUUCGCGUGGAUCAAUACUCGCUCUGCAGAGAUGUGCAGAAGAUUCAGAAGCAUCCCAAGGGCAUGGGCAAGGAGUUUCUCACAGCGCCUCUGCUUGUCAUGAAUAAUAUGAGUCGUCCCGACGCCGACAACAACUCCAAAGUACCAAAGCAUCUCGAGUCUCUGGCUACGACCGUCUUCCGAUCCAUGUUUCCUCCCAUCAACCCCCAGGCGACACCGCUCAAGUCGAUUCGCCGAGUCGUCCUCAUCAACCGUGAGCAGUCCGAAGAAGACGACGGCACUUUUGUCCUCAACUUCCGCCACUAUGCCAUCACAACGAGACACACCGGCGUCUCCAAACAGCUGCGCCGCAUCAACGCCGCCGAGAAGCUCGUGACAACCAAGAACUCGCGCCAAGCACACAUGCCCAACCUCAGCAAGCUGCAGGACAUUGCCGACUACAUGGUUGGCCAGGACGGCGAGGGUGGCUACAUGACGGAUGCCACCAGCGGCAGCGAAGCGGAUACCGAUGCCGAAGUCGAGGUCCUCGACGCGGCGCCGCGCAAGGUGCUAUCGACAAAGGCGAGAUUGGCGGCCGAGCACAAUGGCGAGGCAGAGCAGACCGAGGAGGGCACCGUGGAGCGCCGCGCCGUCAAGCUCGUCGAGCUAGGCCCACGCAUGCGCCUACGUCUGACCAAGGUUGAGGACGGGCUGUGCGGCGGCAAGAUCAUGUGGCACGAGUACAUCAACAAGAGCAAGGACGAGGUCAAGGCGCUGGAGAAGCGAUGGCAGAAGCGCCGCCAAGAAAAGGAGGCGCGCAAGAGUGAGCAGAAAGCCAACGUCGACCGCAAAAAGGCCGAGAAGGAGGCGCGCAAGGGCAACAAGGGCGGCGACGACGACGCGGACGAGGACAUGGAGGACUAUAGCGACUUUGACUACGAGGCUGGUGAUGCCCAGGGCGGCGCGGGAGAGUGGGAGGACGAGGAUGACGAGUAG